GGGAGGAAACAAACAACAGAGCUGCAGUAAGAGGAGGAGCAACACUGGAAAGAGGAGAGCUUCAACAGACAAGUCUCUGUUUCUCUCUGAAAGAAAAGUCAAACUGACUUCAUCAGGUCUUUCUCAACAACACAGCAGAGUCUCUGCCAAACACUGAUAUGGCUGCUGCAAACUAUCUGCCAUCUGAAGAUCAGUUUCUGUGCUCCAUCUGUCUGGAUGUGUUCACUGAUCCUGUCACCAUACCAUGUGGUCACAACUUCUGCAAAAACUGCAUCACUGAACACUGGAAUACUAAUGACCAGUACCUGUGUCAGAUGUGUAACAAGGUUUUCAACACAAAACCUGAGCUGCACGUCAACACUUUGUUCUCUGAGAUGGUUGCUCAGUUCAGACAGUCAGCUCAACAGAAAGCCAGCAGCAGCAGCUCAGAGCAACAAGAGUCCAAACCAGGAGAAGUUCCCUGUGACGUCUGCACUGGAACCAAACUGAAGGCCCUGAAGUCCUGCCUGGUGUGUCUGGCCUCCUACUGUGAGACUCACCUGGAGCCUCAUCUGACCAUGUCAGGUCUGAAAAGACAUCAGCUGAUCGACCCUGUGGAGAACCUGGAAGACAGGAUGUGUACGGAGCACGAUAAACCUCUGGAGCUGUUCUGUAAGACCGACCAGACAUGUGUCUGCAUGAUCUGCACUGUUUCAGACCACAAGAUGCAUGAUGUUGUUCCUCUAAAAGAAGGAUAUGAAGGAAAGAAGGCUGAGCUGGGGAAGACAGCGGCUGAAAUUCAGCAGAUGAUCCAGAAGAGACGACUGAAGAUUCAGGAGAUCAAACACUCAGUCGACCUCAGUGAGGAAGAUGCAGACAGAGAGAUAGCAGAAGGUGUUCAGGUCUUCACUUCUCUGAAGGAGUCUGUUGAGAGAGGCCUGAAUGAGCUCAUCAACACGAUCAAAGAGAAGCAGAAAACAACAGAAAAACAGGCCGAAGCUUUCAUCAAAGAGCUGGAACAGGAAAUCUCUGAGCUGAUGAAGAGAAGAACUGAGCUGGAGCAGCUCUCACGCUCUGAAGACAACCUCCAUCUUCUCCAGAGUGUCCAGUCCCUCAACACCAACCACCCUCCACCCACCAAGGACUGGACAGAGGUCAGUGUCCGUCCAACGUCACGUGUGGGGACUGUGGUGAAAGCUGUGGUUCAGCUGGAGGAGACACUCAAUAAAGAGAUGAAGAAGUUGCUCGCUGAGUCUGAGCUGAAGAGGGUCCAGCAGUAUGCAGUGGAUGUGACUCUUGAUCCUGAUACAGCAUCUCCCUUUCUCAUCCUGUCUGAUGAUGGGAAACAAGUGAAUAAUAGUGAUGUGAUGAAGAAUCUCCCAGACAACCCAGAGAGAUUUUCUCGUUGCAUUUUUGUUUUAGGAAAGCAGAGUUUCUCUUCAGGUAGAUUUUACUUUGAGGUUCAAGUUAAAGGAAAGACUCAGUGGUUUUUAGGAGUGGCCAGGGAGUCGAUCGACAGGAAGGGCCACACACUGAACCCUCAGAAUGUAUGGACUUUAUAUUUGACAAAUGAGUACCACGAUGCUGCUGGGCCUCAUGUCCGUUUCUCUUUGAAGUCUCCUCCUCAGAAGUUGGAUGCUUUUAAUGUGAAGGAGUGGCAGGAGGAAAUGGUUGUUUCCACCAGCAGUGAUUGUGGAGGAUGA